CUGUGUUUUCAAAGAGUUGCAAGACACAGUAUAAUUCGCACUUUUAUCUGAAAACUUUUGGAAAGAAGUGCAAUGGCAUCGAUGCAAGACAAACUAAAACUCAAACGUGUCAGUUGCGAUACAUGGACUACGCGGGAACAAUUAUGCCUAGCAUCAAGUGUGCUAAAGUCUGGGGACCAGAAUUGGAUGAGUGUAUCUAGAUCAUUGAAGCCUUUCAUAGAAAAAGAAUUGCUAAGGCCUGCUGACUGGUAUUCACAAAAGUCAUGUGCCAUGCAAUACGCAUAUCUGCUUGAAAAUGCUGAUACACCAAAAAGGAAGAAACGAGAGAGCGGCGAAACCACCAGUGAAUCCAUAGUUAGAAGAUUGACACAGGAGAGAUUAACUGAAUUGAAUCAGGCUUUAGCUUAUCAUAAGAAUGAAUAUUUGCGGCUUAAAGCGGAUAUAAAUCUACUCAAGUCUGGCACGAUAAGCGAUGAGAACUUGGAGAAGAUGUGGCACGAUAUACAACAAGAAGAACACGAAGCAGAACAGAAGACACGGGUUCAGAUAGCGUGGCUAGCAAAACGUCAACAGCAACAGAAGCAAGAGAUGAGUUCACCAUCUAUCUCGACUUCGGUCGCAAAUCAAACUCGCAAACUUGUGGAAAGUGCGAUGGAUACAACAGUGCAGGAACCUGUCAUGGCGGAACCCUCGACGGAAAAUGACGAUGAGAAGAAAAACAACAGGGGCGGUAGAUCUCCAUUGCUGACGAGUUUGCUGAAGUCUCCCAGCCCGACCACUCAAACCAUGCAAACCUUUUCGUCUACCUCCGUUCAAGUCAGUUCGCCAACCAUCACCAGUCUUCUCGGGUCGAGUCCCAAGAUACUAAACACGCAAUUGACACAAAAUGUGUCGCCGCAGUUGCAGCAACUGGUCUCAACAGCUAUCGCCAGUGGCAAUGCAAACGUGACAUCGGAACGGCCAUCCGUCGGCGCACCUACACUUUCUAUGCUGCUCGAGAUGCCGGCCAGCGCGCAGAGAGGACCCCUACCAAACCUGCAAACGACGAAUCCUGCAGCAAGCAUACAGCAACAACAACAAACGGCUAUGACUGCGGCCACCACUACCUCCGAGGUGCACAAUUUCCAGCAAGCGGUGCAACCGCAACCUCAAAUUCAUCAGAUGACCAUACAGAACGAAACGACGAGUGCCACAGCAGCAGUGACGAUACCUACGGCAGCGACUCCGGCACUCGCUGCAAUCGUUACUGCACCGACAAAUAUACCUGUAUCGGAGAACAUGGUGCAGAUAAUCGAUCACAUAGACGACGUGAUACGCAAAGACAUAAUGACAGACGUGAUAGAUAAAGACGAGAUAAAUGAAAUCAUCGGCGAUAUCGAGGAGUUGAUCAAAAAAGAGAUUACCCAUAGUCCGCAGUCUCUAGACACGAUUGGCUCGACGACGACGACGGCUACGACAACAACGACGACGACCACGACAACGACAACAAUGGCGGCGACGACGACGGCGACGACGACGGCGACGGCGGCAGUUGUUGGCGGUCUGACAGGCGUAUCGCAGCAAACACCGGGAAAUCCGAUAGUAGCGCAAUCAAAGCCCGAACCGAGGGAUGUAGACGAGGCUGUUUCACUGUCCGACUCGCCGCAGAGUGAAAUGGCGAUUGAAGAAAUUGACUCCAGCACCUCGAACAUCGCCGAAAUUAUUGGCACCGUUGCCAUAGAGCCACAGGAGUCUAAAAUCAUCGUUGCGGAGGUCACGGAGCCCACAACGAAAACGUCGGAGGAGAGCAAAUUCGAGGCGAGUAUUUGCGAUGAGAGAAUGACUUUGACCGAGAAUAUUGUUCCAGAGUUAGAAGUGAACAGCACAAAGAACAGCAAGAAUACUUCGAUGGAGGGGAAACAACUGGAUGCCGAAGUGAAGUCUUCAACCGCAACAUCCGCGGAGACCGAGGAGAACGAUUCUAAGCUUCUAGAGAAGGCAAAGCAGGCGACAGAGGAAACCGUGGAGGAAGAGGUGGAAGAAGUGGAGGAGGAGGAAGAGGAUGAGGAGGAAGAGGUGGAAGUGAUCGUGUCCGAAGACAAGGAGUCGUCCGAGAACGUCAAGGAGCAGAAGGAGCCUGCGGAAGAAACUGAAGGGGACCAGCAGGACGUGCCGUCCACGGAGGUCGUGAGUGUUUCUUCGGAAGUGAUGAACGACGUGCACAGUACCGAAGACACAGAGAAGUCACAGGACAUUAGCCUGAUUCUGGAGGACGAUGAGAGCAGUCAGAGCUCAGAGAGUAAGAAGAAAGCAGCGGCGGAGGAGCAGAUUAUCGAGAACACGGUUGAGAGUGCCGAAUCCUUGGAAUCGUUUAAGGAGGAAUCUGUGGUUUUGGUAAAAGAUAAAACCACUGUGGAAGUAAAAGAAGAGUUGUCGGUGAAAUCACAAGAGGAAGAGGCUGUUGAGGAAACAUUGGAAAUAUACACGGAUGAAUUUAAGAAGGAAGAAAUCAAGGAUUCUUCAGAGGAUACCACGAGCUCUAUUUUGCAAGAUACAGAGAUGAAGGAGGAGGAAAUUGGCAAUGAGGCGGCUGAGGAUAUCACCCAUGUGGUAACCGCAGAGGGAGUGGAAAACGUCAAAAGUGAGCCGGUAGAUACUGUAACCAACGCGGACGUGAGUAUUAAAAAAACCGAGACUCCGGAAGUUAAAUCUGAACCAAAGACUGAGACUGAACCGGAAGGUAGCGGAUCGUUUCAUGGAAAAAGUUCGGUUCGCAGUUCAAGUACGGAGGAGGAUAAAAAAGAGAAAGUAGAGAUAAAAGAGGAGAUAAAGGAAGACGUUAAGAAGACCGUCGAUAGUGAGCAGAGCAUAAAGAAAGAAAUAGACUCUACAGUUGGGGAGGAACCUGGAGAAUUAGACGAAGAAGAAUCCUCCUUAAGCAAAUUGAGCAGCGGACGGGCGAUGAAGACGUAUUCCAAGAGACAGAACGUCGCCAUGGACAGUGAGCCGGAGAACGAGGGCACGGGAGAAGGUGCGGAUUAUCGCGCCUGGAAAAAGGCGGUCAUGCUCGUCUACAAUCGUCUAGCCACACACAAAUACGCGUCCGUGUUCCUGAGACCGAUCACAGAGGAUCAGGCACCUGGAUAUCAUUCGGUGAUCUUUCGACCAAUGGAUCUGUCAACCGUUAAGAAGAACAUUGAUAACGGUACGAUUAGAUCAACUAUGCACUUUCAAAGAGAUGUCAUGCUAAUGUUCCAGAACGCUAUUAUGUACAACAAACAUGACACGUUUAUCUACAAAAUGGCAGUUUCGAUGCAGGAGGAGUGCUUGCAACAUAUGCAGAUAUUAGUGCAAGUAACGGGAGAAGGAACAUUCCGAAGGGAGACUAGAACUGCCACGAGCAGUAGCAGUGAGACGACCGAUAGCAUCAUUAAACGGAAACGAAGCCAUAUUACGCCAAGUCCUCACGACACCGAUAAUCCUCGUUCGAAAAAACGUAGAAAAUCCGAAAACGAUUAAAUUGCAUCAAUGAGAACUGUAUAUAUGGGAUAUAAAGAUUUAUAUGUUAAACACACGCAAAAAAGAAAAAUAUGGAAGGCGAAUCUAGAGCAGGUAUAAAGCUUUAGCUUGCAAAUUGUAGGCAGAAUUGAAAGUAUACAUUACUAUCGCCUAUAAAUAUAGACAAAAUCCAAAGCCUACAAAAAGUUUGUAAUAUAGUACUACUGUGUUAAAAUAAAACCCAACUUUUAUUUUAUAAGGUCAGUUAUAAAAGUAUUAUUUGCACCUAGCAGCUCUGACAACCGUAAAAUAAAUAUUACGAAAUCAUUUCUA